AGGAAUUUUCUACGGGGCCUGUUUAUGUGCGACACCAAGUUACACAUGUGAGGAGACGGCGAUUAUGGCGAGUGGCGAUGUGUUGAGCUUGCUGGAGAACUGUGUUAAGAAAUUACAUGCAAACACAGCACAACCAGAGAACUUUUUGAGCUUUCAAGAUGAAGUGGCAGCAGACUUCACCUCCCUCACAAAGACCUUAUAUGACCUCCAAAAAACCUAUGAGCCUGUGUGUUAUAAAGGUAGCCCGCUGACUGAGCUGGUGGUGGAGAACUUUGAUCAAGAGCAGAUCUGGCAGGAGCUGGAACUGCAGAACAGUGCAGUCCUGAAACAUUUCAAAAGCACUGUUGAUCAGGCUCUGUCAGAUGAGACUUUAACGAUACUCGAAGAAGAUGAGGAGGAGGAUGAAAGAGAUACUGAUGGCAAGGACUUUGCUGAAGAGGAGGAGGAGGAGGAGGAAGAAGAAGAUGAAGAGAAAGAAGAAAAACGUCACAGGCACACUAAGAAAAAACCUGUAGAAACUGAAGAGUUCACAGAUGAGGACUCGGAUUUAGAUUUUGAUGUUGAUGCUCUGGAAAAACGGGAACAGCGGAAGAAGGAAAGCAAGAAAUUAGUGUCCAAGACAAAGAUUAUUCCUUCUGAGAUUGAUGACAAGUUCUUUAAGUUAUCAGAAAUGGAGGGGUUUCUGGAUGAUAUGGACAAGCAAGAAGGAAAAAAAGUUGAGGAUGAGGACGGUGUCAACUAUUUUCAUGACCUUCCCUCUGGGGAUGAUGAAGAUAUUGGCCUGGAUGAAAUACUUUCUACCAAAAAACUAAAGAAAAAUACUAAAAAGAGCUCCAGAAAUCUCAAGUACAAGGACUUCUUUGAUGCUGUGGACACUGAACCAGCUGAAGCAGAUGAAGAGUCAGAUGGUGAGGCUGGUGGCAUGGAUGAAAGCCAGGAGGAAAGUGAAGAACAAAUAGAUGACGAGGAUGAUGAUUAUGAUGGUAAAGAGGACGAUGAUGAUGAUAAUAAUGGCACAAGGCCUCUUAAAGUCUCGUCAAAGAAAGUGACCUUUCAGCUCUCUGGGGAUGAGGAAAGUGAGGGAGAGGACAUGGAGGAGAUCUUUGGAGGAAAAUCUUCAACUGCUGCAAAUGUCGAGUCAAAGUCAUCAUUUGAGAAACGACAAGAAAAGAUGUCUCAGACAAUCAGAGAGAUGGAAAAGGCAGCUUUGACAGAGAAGCCGUGGCAGUUAUCUGGAGAGGUGACAGCACAGACGCGUCCAGAGAACAGCAUGUUGGAGGAAGACGUGGAGUUUGAGCAGACAUUCAGGACAGCGCCUGCAAUCACAGAGGAAACCACACUACAGCUUGAAGAGAUGAUCAAACAGAGGAUUAGAGAUAACGCUUUUGAUGAUGUGGUCCGUAAAGAGAAACCCAAAGAGAGUGUUUUUGAGUACAAGAAGAGGCUAACCUUGGACCACGAGAAGAGCAAGCAAAGUCUUGCAGAAGUCUAUGAGCAAGAAUUUAUCAAACAGACUCAGCAAAAAACUGAGGAGGAGAAGAAUCCAGCCCAUGUAGAAAUUGAAAAGCUCAUGGACUCACUCUUCCUAAAAUUGGAUGCUCUCUCCAACUUCCACUUCACACCUAAACCAGCUGCUCCUGAGGUCAAAGUUGUGUCCAACUUACCUUCCAUCGCAAUGGAGGAGGUGGCUCCUGUCAGUGUCAGUGAUGCAACAUUACUGGCGCCAGAAGAAAUCAAGGAGAAGAACAGAGCAGGAGAUAUUGUGGGUAGCACUGAAAAGACGUCAACAGACAAGAAGCGUGAGAGACGGCUCAAGAGGAAGGCAAAGAGACUGAAGAUCAAGGAGAAGGAAAAGAGACAGAAACUCAAAGAGACCAGCAAAUCUGGACAAAACAAAAAGCCUUCCCAGGCUGAAAUCAGAGAGAACCUAAAGAAACUGACAAAAGGAGGCAAAGCAACAUUAAUUAAGGACGAAGGGAAAGACAAGGCUUUGCGUUCGUCUCAGGCCUUUUUCUCUCAGCUACAGGACCAAGUCAAAAGUCAGAUCAAAAGUGCAAAGAACCAGUCUUCAAAGAAGAAAAAGAAGCAAAAAGAAGUUUCUGUCACCAAACUUAAACUUUAAAAAUGUUUCAAACUGUUUUAUGAUGUGAAAUUGCAUUGUAAUUGUAUAGACACUUUUUAUGAGAAAGAAAAAAUUUAUUAAACGUUUCUUGUAGAA